AAUAAACUCAUUCUUAAUUGCUUAAUUGUUAAGUAAAAAGUGAAACUUGGCAUCACUGAUAAAUACCUUGGGAUCCUAAGCACAACAGCUGUGCCGCGCACAACAUACUUGUUGGUAAGUUGACAACAAAAAUUAAUAAACCCAUGCGAGUGAAAUUGCUUCAGAAGAUAUACAAAACACUCCGCUUUCACCGCAAUUCAAUGGCAACUUUUACACAGGUAAUAAAUCCAUUGUCUGGACAGAAUGAGUGGUCUGUACAGAACGAUGAUUACGAUUAUCAAAUGGAGCUAACAUGUACAGGUUUUGGGGACAUGUUGCAUGAUAAGGAGCGCAAUCAGAAAUAUUUCGCGGCAUUGCGUUCGACAAUUGCACGCAUGCACUCUGACGGACGUGAAGUUCACGUGUUGGAUAUUGGCACAGGUACGGGCAUUCUAUCAAUGAUGGCAUUAUCAGCCGGAGCUGAUACAGUUACCGCGUGUGAAGCUUUUAUGCCAAUGGCGAAUUGUGCUGAACGCAUAUUCGAGGCAAACGGAUUUGGUGAUAAAGUACGUUUGGUGAAGAAACGUUCAACAGAAAUGCGUAUUGGUGAAGAUAUGCCGCGUAAGGCAAAUUUAUUGGUGGCUGAGCUACUAGAUACCGAAUUGAUAGGAGAAGGUGCAAUAAGUAUAUACAAUCAUGCACAUAAUGAACUCCUAACAGAUGACGUCAUUUGCAUACCGGCAAAAGCAAACUGUUACGCCCAAGUGGUACAAUCGCCUCUAGCGGCUCAAUGGAACACUAUGAAAAUUAUAGCUGAUUUAGAUGGCAAUAUUUUGCUGAAGCCAUCAAAAGAUGUGUUGGAGUGUAAAGGAGAUGCUGCGGUGCAUGACGUUCAACUUUCACAACUAGGUCCGGAACAUUUUCGUGCACUGACAAAACCUAUGGAAAUAUUUGAAUUUGAUUUCAACAAAAAAACCAAUAGAUCAAUUCGAAGACGAAAAAUUUUGGAAGUGACUGCCUUACAACCUGGUUCAACGGAUAUUGUUUUUUAUUGGUGGGAUAUAAAAAUGGAACCGAAUGAUGAGUUAACACUGAGCUGUGCGCCAUAUUGGGCUCAUCCCGAAAAGGAAAGUAAUGAUGUAAUACCUUGGCGAGAUCAUUGGAUGCAAGCUAUUUAUUAUAUACCAAAGUCACUACAUGUAUCUGGAAAGGGUGAAAAAUUCGUACUCAACUGUAACCAUGAUGAAUACUCGCUGUGGUUCGACGUACAAAAAGCAUUAAAUGCAACGGAGUCUUCUGUUCCAAGGCAUGCUUGCACUUGUAAUUUACAUCUCGCUUAUCCUCGUUCCCGUAUAGGUCAAUUGAACCAAGCGGUACGCAACAAGCGAUAUCUAAAUUAUUUGGAACAAAAUUUAAGUAAGGAAUCACAGCUUCUUUGUCUUGGUGACGGCUGUGUUUUAGGAUUGGCAGCAGCAAAAAUGGGUGUCGCUUCUGUUAUUUUAUGUGAAAAUCAUGUCUUUUCAAAACGUUUCAUGGAAUCUAUUGUGGAUAGUAAUAAACUGGAAAAUGUUCAUUUAUUAAAAAAUAUAUAUGAGAUAGAGGAACCAAAAUUGAAAGAAAUUACGCACAUAUUUGCUGAGCCAUACUUUUUCACUAGUAUACUUCCGUGGGAUAACUUACAAUUCGGCCUAUUAUUACACAAAAUUCUGAAUAAAUUACCUGCAACGGUGAAUAUAUCCCCGCAUUCCGCUAAAAUUUUCGCAGUUCCAGUACAAUUUACUGAUCUACAUAAAAUAAGAACGCCAGUGGGGCAAUGCGAAGGUUUUGAUUUGAGACAUUUCGACCGGAUGAUUGAGCAAGCUAGAAAACUACUUACGGAUCAUCAAAUUGAAGCGCAACCACUUUGGGAAUAUCCCUGCAAAGCGUUAGCGAAGCCACAAGAGCUCUUGAAUGUUGUUUUUCGCAAUUUCAACGAAGAGAAAACCGGAAACGGCACCAUUGAAAUAGAAAGCGCUGGCUCCUGCAACGGUAUCGCACUGUGGGUUGAAUGGAAUUUGGAUGGUGCUAGUAACCCUAAAUCACUCAUAAGUACUGGACCUGUACAACCGAUAAUACCGGGAAAUUUUAUUAAAUGGGAUAUGUUUGUACGCCAAGGCGUGCAGAUAUUUGAGAAAAGCUAUCAGGUGGUUAAUGAAAAAAGUAACAUCCAAUGGAGGUUGCUAUUCAAGCCGACGGCAAAUAAAAUUCAUUUACAUUUUGACGUAAAAGCGUAAUAUGACUAUAACUUAUUUCCAAUAUUCUUUGAAGAUAAACUAAUUGACACCGCAAA